UCUGAAUAAUUAUAUCAACACUUUUCAUAGCAUGGCAGUUAAACAUGAUAAAGUGUAUACAGUGCAUCAUAAAUUGCCUUGUAAUAAUGCAGGUUGUAUGCAUGCAAUGUUUCUGGAACACCAAACAUUUAAAUGAUCAGUUAUUAUCAUACAGACAUUCCAUGCGUUACAGCACCCUGCAGUGGACACAAAACUCCAACUCACUCUUGUCCAACAAGUUAUACCGUAAAUGCUCCAAUUAACAACUCUAUUCAAUGAACCCUUCUGUCUCUAUUAGCAGCCCUGCGUCAAACAAUGUAGGCAUUAAGAGCUGUGGCCCUAUGCAAACCUGCUGAUGUGGUUUUGCUCAACUCCACAAGAUGGCCGUAGCUGCAUUUGAACUAUCAUGAAUGGUCUGCAUCCAGCAGCUUCAUCCACCCCUGCAUGCGCUUUAAAAUCUUGCAACUCAGCUAUUGGUGUGAAACUCUUGUACUUUUAUUGCUGUACUGUUUUUUUACAAUGAACUCAUCAGUGGUAUCAAUGCUAACUGUGCCAUUUGUUCCUUACUGGUAUUACAACAUAGGUUCUGUUGCUGCUUGUUAAUAAAUUACCAUGUGGUCUACACCUACAGUAUGUUUUCCAUUUGACUACCCUAUCGGUGCUCUCCAAAUCAUUAAUUAAUCAGUAAAGAAUUAAAAAAUCAUCCUCUUUGCAGGUAAAUAAACGCCCUGACUAUAAUUAGAGCAUUUACGGUAUGUUGUAUUUUAUUAUUUAGAAUGUAUAUGUCUGCUAAAGUAAAAAAACAAAACAAAAUGGAAACAAAAAUACUUGUUAGCUAUUCCACCAUGAUACAUAUAUCAGAUUACUGUAUUUUGCUGUGUUGGAAAUGACAACCUACUGUAACACACCCAACACAAUAAAGGCACUUUUGGUAUAAACUAGCCUGACAAUAAGCUAUAAAAUACCUGCUUUAUGUUGUAGUACAUGUUUUAUACAACUUUUAUACUUCAGGUAUUUUUAUUAAAAUUGCACAUUACUUCAUGUGAAACAAUUCAGGCACUCUACGGGGUAUACAGUGUUGCCUGUGAUAUUAUUUUUCUGACAAUGACACCACAUGGUGGCACGGUUAUUAAACCCCAAAAAUUUGGCUCCAUAAGUCGGAGUGAAUUGAAAUUUCUCACACAGCUCUACAAAACACCCACUGUAACUUUCGGGCGUUUAGUCGAAUCACCAUAAAAUUUGGCACACACCUCUAGGGGACUGACAAGGACAUGUCUGUGAAAAUUUGAGCGAGAUUGGUUGAAAAACAUGGCUGCCAUCAAGCAAAACACCUUUUAUCUUAUGAUUAUAUCUGUAUUACAUGUAAGCCAUGUGCUGUAUUCCAAAGGUUGUGAGCACAACCCAUAGGGGGCGCCACAAAUGUCAUUUCCGAUAAUGCGUAAAAAAAUAUAUAUAUAUAUUUGACAUGACUGUAUAAAUACUGGGGAUGUCUGAUAUUGGCUUUUUUGCCGAUAACCAAUAUGCCGAUAUUGUCCAAACUCUCAAUUUCGGAUUCCGAUAUCAACCGAUACUGAUACCAAUAUGCGUAACAUCACAUAUCUCCUGUCAUGGAAGGACUGGACUGGACGGGACUUAUUGCCGUAUUAUGUAAUAUUAUUAUUAUUAUUAUUUAUUAUGUAUUAUUGCACUACUAAUUUGACGUGAUCUGUUCCGUAUUUAUUUAUUCUUAUUCUAUCUUCUCAUCUCUCAUGUCUUGCCUUGGUUGUUUUAUUUUGUGGUUAAUUUCAUUAUGACAUUCUCACUCAGCUGCUGGAAAUGUGAAUUUCUCUUGGAGAUCAAUAAAGCAUCCAUCCAUCCAUCCAUCCAUCCACCCACCCACAUCUGCUGCGAAGCCAAUGGAUACAGCAUCAGCAAUUAGCUUCUCGAUGUGGACGCAAACAACUCUGCACAACUCACGCAAGCAAACACCCAGAGAAAUCCAGCAGCUGCGCACCCUCCGCCGAGGAGUCCAGCACCGCAUCCGUCCACCGCCACCUCCGCGCUCCUCCACAUUACCGUCACCCCACCACCCCGAUAAUAUCGGUGAGCCGAUAUUAUCGGACAUCCCUAAUAAAUACCAACUUUUUCGACCUAAAAAGACCUAAAUCUUCACCUGUUUCAAGCAUACUGUAUAUCAACGUUUUUGGAAAUUUGCUUUAAAAUAAAUCAUGGAAAUCAACACAUUAAAAAAAAAAAUCUAAACUUCUUGGAAUACAGGAAAUGUACACCUGAUUUAUAGUGUAAUAAUUGUAGCACCAAUUUAAAGCAGCAUGAGCAAACUCUAAAGCAAGUGUAUUGCGAUAUAAUGCUUAAUGUACAGUAUGUUUAGGCUGUUGUAAAUGUGCAUGUAGUCCUGCAAUGGUGAUCCUUGCUUGUCUGCAGUCUAAUUCCCCUGUUGGCAAAAAGGUGCAUUUAAUAUGAUAGAUACAUUUCUGUGCACGGGUGUGUGUUCUUACACAGUCGGCGCGUUUGCGUUUCCAACAGUCUGGGUCGAGCCUCUUCUGCUCCUCAGCGAGCGCUUUGGCCUGCAAGGUGAACACCCGACGCUCCUCGCUUCGCAUUUUCUUCCACCGCUCACCAAGGAGAACACUGAUGGCCCUGCACGCGCACGCACAUCAGUUAACAUGCAUGACAAGGACGAAGAAUGGCACUCUGGAUGCACACCAACCUGUUGUCCUUGCCUGGGUGCAUUUGUGUGUACUGCACCCUGAACUUCUUGGCAAACAGCAUGAAUGCAUUCAUUGGCCGCUUGCACUUGAGUGCGGUGUGAUGACUUCCUGGUUUCUGGGCAGACUGGCUUUUGAUUGGCUGACGGAGAGGACAGCGUGUGUGGCUGGUCCUGUGACUGUCUGUGGAUUGUUUUUCUCUUACUAUUUUAUUCCCUUCCUAAUUUGGCAACGUGAAAGAAUGGACAUGAAACCUUGCAAUGCGUCUCUAUCUGGAGAAACAGCGCCCCCACUGGAUUGGGAGGCAUGUCGCCGUCUGGCCAUGCUGCUCAACAGGUACACCGCCGAAGAGUCCAUUGGUGUGAAGUCAUAACUGAGGAAGAUUCACACACAAUUACAAACUACCCUAAUUCUAAUUAAGUCAAAUAUAAUGCACGUGUUACCUCCUGAAUGUGUCAAAAACAAGUGAGUCAUCUAUAUGCUUGGCGUCUCUAUGACCCGGAGGCAGACACACAUCACCUAUUUUCAUUUCAUAGCCCGCUAUCCCAUAAUGCACCACAGUCAGGCUCGGGUAGAAUGAUGACCAACCUGAUAAAAAUGACAAUACAAGCAUUUUCUAUGUUGCAUCGUCUGUCACUACUUAUGUCUCCGCCCCCACCUACCUUUAUUUUUGACAUAGAACGGGUGGUCAAGUUGACACCGGGCAGUUAAGAGGCCAUGCCCGAAUACGCCAGGGUCAAAGGUGAGUUGCAAGACCACUUGACCUGAGAGGACGUUUUCUGAAUGUGCGAUGAGCUGGAGACCCUCGGAGCCGUAACUCUGUAAAGCAGAAAAUGUAUUUUUCAUCUGAAAGUCCACAAUACCGAUUUAAAAAUACCUUCAAGGAUGCAGACUGUUCCUCGUUGCCAGACUCAAGGUCCUCAACAUUCUGCCACUCAACAUUGGAGCCACUGUGGAAACGGAGGUGCGUAUCUGCAGGCAGAGAAAAGCUUCCAAUAACAGACUCAACAUUUGUACUCUUUAUUAGUUUUACCUUUUGUUCUUUUGUAAAAGCAAACUGAAAUCAAAUGCAUUUCAUUUAGAUAAUUCACGUUGCUUUUUUUUCUCUUUAAUUUGUACAUUUCAUUACAAAUUCUUGCACUUCUGUUGAAACUGAUUUUUUUAUACAGUGCAGAAACACUUUAUUAUGUUGAUAAUUUAUUUAACUAAAUUUUUUCCAUAUUUUUACAGUUCAUGAAAUACAUUUUUAAAAUACAUUAAUGUACAUUUUAUCUUAUAUUUUUGGGCUGACAGAACUAACUGAAAAAAAUCAUUCAAAUGUGAAAUAUUUUGGUGUAAUAUUUGGGGCAAAAAAAACAUGUUCCCACUGCAUUUUAUUAUAUUAUAUAUUUAAUGUUUGAAAUUAAAUAUGAAAUUGUAAAAAUAAAUCAUGUUUUAUUUGUAUGUUUUAUUAAUAACCGCAAAUUUUGUAUUCACUUUUUUGGCGUAUAAAAAUGUGAACCAUUUCUGCAUUUCUGAAUUUACUCUCUCUCUCCCCCCCAAUUGUAUUUGUACAUUUUACUAUGACUUCUAGUAUACAAACAUGUCCAUUCCCUCCACCUUGACACGUCAUGCUUUUUAUGUGCUUUAAAAGAUUUCCAUAUAUUAUGAUCCCGUCAUAUUUUUACUGCAGAAGCAAAAGAUACUGUUAAUAGUAAUGUUUGAUUCCAGUGCGCACAUGUGCAUUUGCGUGCAUGUGCAUACCUUUCAGAAAACUGUGCCAGACUGUGGCAGGCCAGGAGAUGCUCCAGACCAUGUCUUCAUCAUCGGACACAGAGGUGCUGGUGGACACUGCCGCGCUACCUUCGCUGCUCGUCUGCGGGAACAUGCGCUGUCAGACGUCCGUCACACCUAGGUGAUGGACAGGCAGCUGAUCCAGGUGAGCGACGAAGAGCGAGUCGUGUUGCGAGAAGACAGUCGUCGCCGGAGAAGAAGAAAAGCCAUCAUGUCAUCCACCUGCAGCACCAUGGAUCAUAUCAAUGUGGAGUUUAUGCUUCCCACUACGGCAAGGGGCGGGAACUGCCCUGACUCUCUGCAACUCGAGGUUGCGGGUAACUGGACAGUGGAACAGGUGAAAGCUCAGGUGUGGCUGAAGGCGGUGACGUCAAACCUGUGUCCGGAAUUCUACCAGCGCUUUUCUCCUGACCACUGCAUCCUGCUCUAUCAGAAGAAAGGCAACAUGUGUGAGAUCUACGACAAGCAUCAAGUUUUCCAGACGCUGGACUGCAUACGCUACUGGAAAGCAUUGAAGAAGGAUGUAGGCCGGAUAAAGUUGGUGCCUCGCCCGCAGCCCUCCGACGAGACCCUUCAGUACCAGCGCUACCUCAACUAUCUGAUUGGCUACGACGUUACUGACGUCAGCAACGUGCACGACGACGAGCUGGAGUUCACCCGCAGGAAGCUGCUGACACCUCGACGCAUCGAACUGUCGGACCGUGAUCCAAAACUCUACUCCAUGGACCCCUGGGUGACGCACAAGCUGCUGCCUGAGCAUCUUGUAGGGAAGGUCAUCAAUGGCCACAUCCUGGUGGUAAUCCACAUUAGCACAACCAGUCACACCAUCAAAGUCUCCAUUGAAGACACACCAGCACAGGUUUUAGCCUGCUUUUUCUCCAAAACGGCGAAUAAAAGAGGGGUGCUGGGGAUCCCCGACAACACGUCCGAGGCUGACUUUGUGCUGCGAGUGUGUGGCAGGGAGGAGUACCUGCAUGGAGAUGAACCACUGCAGAACUUCAACUGGAUCCGUCAGUGUCUGAAAAAUGGCGAUGAGAUCCACUUGGCUCUGGAGAGGCCGCCUUGUCCUGAACUGGAUCUAGUCCAUGAGGAAGACUGGGCCCAAGUGGAUGAUUGCACUGGUGUUGCAGGCACACACGAGCAGUUGACCAUUGGGGAGAAGGACCACGAGCGAGUGUUCACCAUCUCCAUGUGGGACUGCAACAGGAAGUUCAGGGUGAAGGUGCUGGGAAUCGAUAUCCCAACACUGCCCAAAAUUCCAGACUUCGUUGUGUUCAUCGAGGCCAGCAUCUUCCACAGUCAACAACUUCUUGCCCAGGAGAGGACAUCCCCUAAAGCAUUCAAUGAAGAAGUGUUGUGGAACUGUUGGUUGGAGUUUAACAUUAAAAUCAAGGACCUGCCUAAAGGGUCGAGGCUCAACCUUCAGGUUGUAUGCAGGAAACAACCCCAGACUCCUAAUUCAAAAGGGUGUUCCUACCAGGAUAAUACAGCAGGAGGUGGAAACCAUGAUGGAAAGACAAAGAGCCGCCUUUUGUACUACGUCAACCUUCUGCUGAUAGACCACCGCUCGCUGCUGCGCCAGGGUGAGUUUGUCCUCCACAUGUGGAAAAUGCCCGAGAAGAGCGAGGAGAGCAGCAGCAGCAGCAUCAACGCCGACAAACUCACAUCAGCCACCAACCCGGACAAGGCUUCGUCUAUGGCCAUUGCCAUCUUACUGGACAAGUACUGCUACCCUGUUGUGCUUCCCAAGAGCCGUGACCUGGGCCGGGAUGGCGGUCCUGUACCCGACGAAUCUGAAGGAGGGGAGCGAGGUCAAAGGGAGAUGCCAAACCAUCUGAAGAAACAGUUUGAAGCUAUUGUGGCUACUGACCCUUUACACCCGCUGAGUCCUGAGGACAAAGAGCUGCUGUGGCAUUUCCGUCAUGGGUGUAUGCGGGAUCCCAGGGCCUAUCCAAAACUGCUAUCCUCAGUGAGAUGGGGUAGACAAGAAGAUGUGCUUGCCACCCACCGCCUGUUGGAGCGUAGCACUGCAUGGGACAGCAGUGUUUUGGACGUUGGCUUGGCCAUGCAACUGCUUGACUGCCACUACUCGGAUGCUCAGGUUCGCUCAAUGGCCGUGAGGAAGUUGGAGACCCUGGAGGACGAUGAUGUGCUCAGAUACCUCCUGCAGCUUGUACAGGCAGUCAAGUUUGAGCCAUACCAUGAUAGCGCCCUGGUUAGGUUCCUGCUCAAGAGAGCUCUGAGGAGUAAACGUAUCGGCCAUUUCCUCUUCUGGUUCCUGCGCAGUGAGAUCGCUCAGUCCAUGCAUUACCAACAGAGAUAUGCUGUCCUGCUGGAGGCCUACCUCCGAGGGUGCGGCGAAUGUAUGUUGCAGGAUUUUGGUAAACAGGUGGAGGUGACUGAGGCUCUGCAGAAGGUCACCCGAGAGAUCAAAACCAUAUCUCCGGACAAGUACGACGUCACAGCACAAGUGGUGUUUCAGAUGCGUCAGAAGCUGGAGACGCUUCAGUCAUCUGGUCUUCCGCAGAAUUUCAGAGUCCCGUAUGAUCCUGGACUGAGAGCUGGAGGCCUUCUGAUUGAGCAGUGCAAAGUGAUGGCGUCCAAGAAGAAGCCGCUAUGGCUGCAGUUCAAAAGGGCCGACCCCACCACUCUGGCCAAGGACCCCAUCGGCAUCAUCUUUAAACAUGGUGACGACCUCAGACAGGACAUGCUCAUCCUGCAGAUUCUGCUGAUCAUGCAGUCUAUCUGGGAGACCGAAUCUCUGGAUUUGUGUCUGUUACCUUACGGCUGCAUUUCCACCGGAAACAGAAUAGGUAUGAUAGAGAUCGUAAAGGACGCCACCACUAUUGCUAACAUCCAGCAGAGUGUUGUAGGAAGCACUGGGGCCUUUAAAGACGAAAUCCUUCAUCAGUGGCUGCGGGACAAGUGUGUCAGUGAAGAGAAGUUUCAGCAGGCCUUGGAGAGGUUUUUAUAUUCUUGUGGUGGCUACUGUGUGGCUACCUACGUCCUGGGCAUAGGUGAUCGCCACAAUGACAACAUCAUGAUCACCGAAUCUGGGAAUCUUUUCCACAUCGACUUCGGUCACAUCCUGGGGAAUUACAAGAGUUUCAUGGGAAUCAGUAAAGAGUGGGUUCCCUUUGUGCUCACGCCGGACUUCCUGUAUGUGAUGGGAACGUCAGGAAAGAAAAGCAGCCCCCACUUCCAGAAAUUCCAGGACGUGUGUGUAAAAGCUUACCUCGCUCUUCGGCACCACACCAACCUGCUCAUUAUCCUCUUCUCCAUGAUGCUAAUGACUGGCAUGCCUCAGCUAACCAGCAAGGAGGACAUCGAAUACAUCCGCGAGGCGCUGACUGUCGGCCGCAGCGAAGACGAGGCCCAGCGUCACCUCUUGGACCAAAUAGAGAUCUGCAGGGAGAAAGGCUGGAUGGUUCAGAUAAACUGGUUUGUUCACCUGGUGCUCGGGAUCAAGCAGGGUGUGGAGAAGCGGUCCACUUAGGU